CAGUAGCAUCAUCACGUUCUCGCCCACCACCAGCUAACCAUCCAAGAUUUGCGAUGGCCAUCGGUAUGGCAGGGCGUCGGCACACCCGGCGAGGUCGCUACUGGCACAUGGGCAUCGUAUUCCUGGUGUACUCCAGCUUCCACGCAUAUUCAGCCUCAAUUGGCGGUGGUGGCAGUGAAGAGAAGGGUGGACUCGAUCUCGGCAGUAUCGAUCUGUCCAAUAUUACACCGAAUCCAGCGUUUUACGCUACCUCCGCAUCGUCUUCGGGGGAAACGUCCGGCGAAACGGAUACUACUGGACCGGACGAAGUAGGUCCGACGGAGGAAACGAAACCGACGGAAGGCCGGACACAUCAUACGCAUCCAACGUGGAGACCGAAGCGUGAAAAUUGUACACCACCGGCGAUCGAACAGUUCCCGCAACCACUCAUGGGACCGAACGUGAGGAAACAUGGCGGCCUGAUCAUACACGUGCUAGUAGCGAUCUUCACCUUCCUUGGGCUGGCGAUCGUGUGUGACGAUUACUUUGUGUCAAGCUUAGACCGAAUUUGCGAAGAACUCAAACUAUCACCCGAUGUUGCCGGUGCCACAUUUAUGGCGGCAGGAAGCUCUGCCCCCGAGCUGGCAACCGUCAUUAUUGGUGUGUUCUUCGCCAAGGACGACAUCGGCAUCAGUGGCGUGAUCGGAUCGGCCGUGUUCAACAUUAUGUUUGUGAUAUCCGUGUGCGCCCUCUGUUCCGGCACCGUGCUCCAGCUGAACUGGUGGCCUCUGGUACGAGAUUGCGCCUUCUACACCAUCUCCAUACUGGUGAUGCUAUGCGUCAUCUUCAACGAUGUCAUCUCGUGGAUCGAAUCAUUGAUUAUGCUACUGUUCUACGUCGUGUACUGUAUCGCACUGCACUUUAACACACCGCUCGAGAAAUGGGCCCACACCUGGAACCUCCCGAUCAAGCUCCCCACAAAGGAAGAACAGUCGGCUCUGGUCACGUACAAGAAUCUACCCGAAACGACUUACACCCAGGGACAGCAACCAGGUCAAGAACAGCAGCAGCAACAACAACAACAACAACCACCAGCCGAUCAACCACCGGCAGUCGAUCAGGGCUAUUCAGCGUACAUGGAUCCAAACGCGAGCUGGGAUCCAAAUGCGGCCUGGGGUGAACCAGCCCCAGCGGUAACUAACACGUCUGUUGCCAACGUAAACGAUGCAUGGAACACCGGUACCGGUCAGCAGAACUAUGCCUACGAAGAUCAGUACGGUCAGGAGAGCCAGAAAACGCAACAGCAACAGCAAACGCAGGUCGUCCAGCAGACGGCCGUAGCAGCACCGGCAGCAGGCGAAGACUACUACAAACCGAAGGAACCACGACCCCAGGACUCGCACAACCCGCUCGAGAAACCUGUGGACGGUGGCAUUCUCGCCCAGGUAUCGUGGGCGAUCGUCUACCCGAUCCACUACACCGCCCGGUUAACCAUGCCGGACUGCAAAACGGAAAAGUAUAAAAACUGGUACCCCUUCACCUUCCUGAUCUCGAUGAUCUGGAUCUCGUUCUACUCGUACUUCAUGGUGUGGAUGAUAACGAUCAUCGGUUCGACCCUCGGCAUCCCUGAUACCGUCAUGGGACUAACGUUCGUGGCCGCUGGUGUGUCCGUCCCGGACGCGCUUAGUUCCAUCGCGGUGAUCAAGGAGGGGUACGGCGACAUGGCCGUCUCCAACGCCGUUGGGUCGAACGUGUUCGAUAUACUCAUCUGCCUCGGACUGCCGUGGUUCAUCCAGACCGCGAUCAUCAAGCCCGGUUCGCACGUGAACGUCAUUUCCAAGGGACUCACGUACUCGACGCUUUCGCUACUUUCGACCGUGCUGUUCUUGCUGUUCGCAACCCACCUGAACGGCUGGAAGCUGGACAAGCGUCUCGGCAUCGUGCUGAUGUUCUGGUACCUGCUCUUCAUCACCAUCGCUUCCCUGUACGAGCUGAACUUUUUCGGUCAGCUCAAUCCACCCGAGUGUCCGAGUAUCUACUAAACCGGGUACCAGCGG